AUGGUGAACAGGAUGGGUGCCUUGGUCCGGACACAGUGGACAAUGGAAAACAAGGUUACGCAUGGAUGCGACACUUUAGCGUCUUUCGUUGUGCGCCGCCGCUCGAGUGGCGGGUCGCCGGAAGAGCAGCCUGUAGAGGUUACAGCCGUUAUCAACAGGUUGUUUCCUCAAGCAGUCAGCGUACCCUUGAAAUCUAGAAUCACUAAAGUUGCCACUGUUGUGAAAAGACGCGACUUUGUGGGUCUCACCUCGUAUGGAAGUGUACUGUAUAAACUCGAGAGUCUUAACAGUGCGCCUGAGACCCUCCUUGAGGCCUUCCCCAUUGUCGUUGGGCCGACGGGUGUGAGCGGCUCAUUCAUGAAGGAAACAGUGCAAGCGAUGAAUAUGAUCAGAGCUGCGACAUCAGGACAAUCAGGUUAUGGAAUUCCCUUAGAUUUGAUGAUGCUGAAAAAAGCCAGUGGCAUCUGGUGCCCGAGAAGAUACUCAGAUCCUGCCAUUAUUCCCAAUGUAUUCAUGCGUCGGCUUCUAAUGAAAACGCUCCGAGAAGUUCUGAUGGAUAUGGCGGUGGAAGCGGCUACCGAAACUCCCGGGCGGGGACCUUUGCAUGAGGCGCGGCUCUGCCUGACAAGGCAGGUGAAAGAGGCAAAAAUGGUGUCGCUCAACACGCGAGCUGCACGUGGACGCAUUAGCAUCGACACGGUGUUUGUCAGCAGCAACGGUGCAGUUCAUGUGCAGGCGCAGUUUCCUUCUGAGCCUGCCCCUGCACUUUCCGUCGGUGCCGCUACCGCUGCUGACCAGCGUCCACCUCAGGCCAGCACCGGGGCACUGAGAGACAGUAACGAAGACGUGGAUGCGGCAGCGGAUACUGCUUUGACGAGCGAGGUUACCUUCGCCAUCGUGCUCGCUCAGAUAUGGUGCCCAAGCCGUCAGUUUGACGAGGUAGCGCAAGAGGUACUGUCAUAUCAUCAGUCAAAGCGCGAACUGUCAAACGAGUUUUUUGAGAAGUGUGCGGCAGUCCCCGAUAUUGUCCGUGGUGUCAUCGCCGAGGCUGCUUUGUGA